AUGGUUAAAGAAGUACCUGUCAAUUCCCUGGUUGUAGUGACCAUCACCAUCGACCUUCCUUACCUCAUUAGCUUCGGGGAUGGAGGGGGAGAAUUCGAGAGGGACUCGUCCAAUACCUCGGCCUCGAAUAUAUACUUCCUUGAGGGUACUUACCUCAUAACUGUGACGGAGCCUUGGUCUGGAGGGAAAGCAGCGUUGACUGUGGUGGUGGUUGGCCUACAAAAUAAACUGCGUCUGGAGUGCCCCAGUCUCGUUCUCACAGGCAUCCCCUUUACGUGCUCCUUCGAUUCCCUGUACGGUUCCUUCCCCAUCGUGCAGCUGUGGACCGACGAGACAAACGAUUUCUAUAAUUAUACGGUUCCUGACCUCGAAUCGCGAAUAUACGGACACAGCUGGCCCUCCCCGCACUACCCGACCUCCUCCAACCCUCCGGUCACAUCCAUCGAUGGGUCCGACUGCUCGGUCCGGGUCAUGGACACCCAGGCGGUGGGGGAAGACGAGUACCUGGCGGCUCUCCACAGCAAGGCCAACGGAGGAAAAUUUGAUAUCAGGUCAGUGUACGAGUCGUGCUCACCAGCCUGUCCUAGCAACGGCUUCCGAAAAUGUACAACAUCCCAGCAUCUGUGUUCUGAUGCUUGUGUGGCCGUGGAUACCUGUCCAG